AUGGAUAAAACUAACGAAUAUCAAUAUACGACUGUUUCUUCUGAUAUUUCAUCAGGUAGACAAAGACUUGUUUUUAUCCUCCAUGGUAGUUCAAACAAUAAUAAUCAUGUUCAAAACAGUUCAAGUGGUGUAAACACUGAAAAUGUACACAGUCAAGAAGUUACUGACCACCAUUUAUCAAGUGUUAGCGCCACUAAAAUAACUGUGCGAAAAACUGUUUCCACUGAUAAUAAUGUUAUAAUAAAGAAACAAGAAACUAUAUCGGGUUCUCAUACAAAGCUUAUUCGAAGUUAUAUUCAUCGCGUCAACGAAGAGGAAGAUUAUUCGGAUGAUGGUUACAAUUCACAAGAAUUUGAUUUAGAAUUACUAAAACUUGUAAAGAAAAAUCUUCGUGUUUUCGUUGAAGAUUCAUCAACAAGAAAAUUAAGGAAUGGUGAAUGCAAAUGGUCCGAGCUUAGACCACAAGUUAGAAAUUUUUAUUUUCCUAAAUUUAAAAAAUAUUUGCUUGAUAGGGAAAUACAUGCUCCAAAUGCGAUGAUAUUUAAAUGUAUUAGGGAUCUUCACAUUUCUCGUCGCGAUGCAUGGCUCAAGAAUAUAAGAAGAUCACGUGAAUAA